AAUUUUCAGCUCGGGGAUUUUACAAACCAGAUUAGUUACCAGGUGACGAGUUCUCCAUGGAGUUACUUCAGGAGUGUGUUGGCAAAAGAGCCAUUCCUACCAGACCAAAUGCGGCACUGGCACAUAAGAAGAGAGCUUUGUUCAAUCAGAACCAGAACCACCAGCUGGGGUAUCACGAUCAUCAUUCCCGAAUUCUUGUGUUGAAAGGAAUGGACUCCAAGUGUGCUUCUGACAUUUCUGAUUUUGCAUCUGUGAAUGGUUCUUUUAGAGGGGGUGAAAAUGGGUCUUGUGCUGGAAAGAUAAGUAGAUACCAGAAGGAAGAAGGUGAAAUUCGACGAAUAACAAGGAAGGCCUUUGGUGAAUUGAAUUGCGAUAGAAGCCAUCCAAAUGGUUCUGAAUCACCUACUACACCCAUUUAUACAUGCCACUCUCCUAGUUCCAACCACUUUAAUGUGCAGGGAUCUACUGAUGUAACUCAAUCUGGGAAAAUAAAAUUACUGUGCAGCUUUGGUGGAAAAAUAUUGCCAAGGCCAAUUGAUGGUAAACUCAGAUAUGUUGGGGGAGUGACGCGCAUUAUUUCCAUUCAGGAUUGUCUUUCUUGGGAAGAGCUUGUGAGGAGAACUUCAUAUAUUUGUAACCAACCUCAUUCAAUCAAGUAUCAACUUCCAAAUGAGGAACUUGAUGCCCUUAUAUCUAUUUCUUCUGAUGAAGACCUUCAGAAUAUGAUAGAGGAAUACCAUGGGCUUGGAAAGUUAGAUUCUCAAAGGCUGAGGAUAUUUUUGAUUCCUAAUGAUGAGUCUGGAAGUGCAUCUUCCCUUGAUUCUAUCACCAAUCAGCAAAGCAAUCCUAAUUACCAAUAUAUGGUUGCUGUCAAUGGCACAGUAGAUCCUAGUCAUAGGAAAAUCUCCCGUCGGCGAUGUCUACCCAAUGAAGGAAGUCAACCAGGACCCAAUCUGGACUCUAACCCUACUUUCCACAAAUAUUGUCCAACUUCAGUAAUCCCUAAUAGAAUUAUGAGAUAUAACAACAAAUUGUCUAAUGCAGACUGCAACCAAACUUCGGGUUUUGCUAUUGGUACUCACAAAAAAAAUUUGCAAGUCGCUCGGAAGUUGGUUCCUUCAUCCUUGGCUACUAAGAGUAAUAUAUCUAAAGAAGAUAUGCUUAUGGGAUCAACCAAGUUGCCUUUACCUGUAGUUCAUGUUGAUUCUCUUCUGUGUUCAAACUUGCUCAGUGAAGACCUUCGUGCUAUGCCAGCGAUUCCAGGCAAUACUGUAACUAUGAGAGAGGUUCCUCUUACCAAUCUGAAUGAUGAGAAGGUGGUCCUCCAAGGAUAUGUUCACAAGAAUUCAAUUGUAGAAGGUGUCAUUGCAGAUUCUGAGGCCGAGGUUUCUACAGCUGAUGGUCGAGUCAGGGAUGAGUCCUUCAAAAAUGCUGUCAAAGCUGAAAUCGAAGCCAACAUCUAUGGCUUGCAGGUUAUUAAAAAUGCCGAUCUUGAAGAACUGAGGGUGCUCGGAUCUGGUACAUUUGGAUCUGUUUAUCAUGGAAAAUGGCGGGGAACAGAUGUUGCUAUAAAGAGAAUAAAAGGGAGUUGCUUUUCUGAGAAAUCAUCAGUGCAAGACAGGAAGACCAAAAACUUUUGGAGAGAAGCACAGAUCCUCUCAAAUCUGCAUCAUCCAAAUGUGGUUGCAUUUUAUGGAGUAGUACCAGAUGGAACUAGAGGAACUCUGGCGACUGUAACUGAGUAUAUGGUCAAUGGAUCGCUUAGGAAUGUCCUAAUCAAGAAGGACAGAUCCCUUGAUUGUCGCAAAAAGAUUAUAAUUGCCAUGGAUGCAGCUUUUGGCAUGGAAUACUUGCACUCCAGAAACAUUGUUCAUUUUGAUUUGAAAUGUGACAAUUUGCUUGUCAAUCUAAAAGAUCCCCAACGACCCAUAUGCAAGGUUGCAGAUUUUGGAUUAUCAAGAGUCAAGCGCAAUACUCUUGUUUCCGGAGGUGUGCGAGGAACCCUCCCAUGGAUGGCACCAGAAUUAUUAAAUGGCAACAGCACCCAUGUUUCUGAGAAGGUUGAUGUGUUCUCAUUUGGAAUUUUAAUGUGGGAAAUCUUGACCGAGGAGGAGCCGUAUGCCAAUAUGCACUGUGGUGCCAUUAUAGGGGGGAUGGUGAAGAACGCUCUUCGACCUCCGAUUCCGGAACAUUGCGAUCCCAAUUGGAGGGAGCUGAUGGAACAAUGCUGGUCACAUGAUCCCAAAUUUAGACCAUCAUUCACCGAGAUAGCGAACAGGCUGCAAUCCAUGUCUAAGCUCCUUUCAGCUCCAGGGAUCUAG